AGUAUGCCGGCGAUGUUCGUUGAUAACGGUUCGCGCUGUGUUUGAUCAAACCGUUCGUGGAGACUCACGUGUUUAUUUGUUUACCUUACUUUUCGUCCCGAUUUCCUCGCGAUCGCGGAUUUUUCGAGGAGCAGUUUCGUCGGAUUUUCUCCUGCUCUGAGAGGUGCGUUUUUUUGGUUUUUCACGAGCGGCGAAAAUUGGGAACCGGUGGAAAAUUGCGAGGUUCAGCAAAAUGUAACCGUGCCCAAAUGUGCUAAAGCUCGUCAGUAUGCCGCAGACUGUAUUAAGAGGAGUCGGCCAUCACAAUCACAACCAUCACAAUCACAGCCAUCACAAUCAGAACGGUCAUGUAGUGCAAAACGGUCAAAAUGGCUUCGUUUCCAACGGUUACAAUGGUCAUACCAAUGGUCAUGCCAAUGGUCAUGCCAAUUACGGUGGAUUUGGUUACAACGGCCAUCCGCCGAUGUACCAUCAAAAUGGCCAUGCGAAAUCUAAUGGGCAUGCAGGUGCAAAUGGAAGCGCACGAGCGUAUAUGAAUGGACAUGCUGUUAAACCCGAAGACAAACUAUCAACACUAUCCAGGUAUUGCACGACGGAUCGUCGAAAAAAUGCAACAAACUACAAUGCUAUCAGGCGGUCCUGCAGAGAGCGAGGAUGCCUUUACGAGGAUCCGGAUUUUCCAGCAGGAGCUAAGGCAUUGUACCACCACAAAAAGCCUCCGUUAAGUCCCAUAAUAUGGAUGAGACCGCAUGAAAUUUGCCAACGACCGCGAUUCCUGGACGAUCCGAACGACGAAAACAGCAAAAACUUCUCAGUGGAACCGGGAGAAUUGGGCGAUCAGUGGCUUCUCGCAGCCGUCGCCUCGCUGGCUCUAACCCCCAAAUUCCUGGACCGAGUGGUGCCCCCCGAUCAAGGAUUCGACGCCGCCCACUCUUAUUGCGGCGCUUUCAGGUUUCGCUUUUGGCAUUUCGGCGAAUGGAGAGACAUCAUCGUCGACGACAGGCUUCCCACGCACAAAGGUCGAUUGGUCCACUUGCAUUCCUCGAACAGCUCCGAGUUUUGGGCCGCUCUUCUCGAGAAGGCCUACGCCAAAUUCUACGGAUCCUACGAGCAACUCCUGCACGGAUCCACCACGCGCGCCCUGCAGGAUUUAACCGGCGGCAUCGUGCAAAGCUUCGGCUUGUCCCAUCAGGAUCGAUUCCUCACGUUCCAAGUGCUCAACAGCGCUGUUCCUAGAUCUAGUCUUCUAAUCGCGACCAUUACUCAAGAGAAGGAGGGCAAGCGGCGUUUGAGGUUGCGCAACGGCCUGAUAACUCAGCACGCUUACAGCGUGACCGGCCUGGCGAGAGUUAGAGGGAUCAAUGGUGAAGUGCCUUUAGUCAGGCUGCGAAAUCCUUGGGCUAAAGGCGAAUGGACGGGGCCUUGGAGCGAGCGCUCGUGGGAAUGGGACGGUUUGUCGAAUAGAGACAAAGAGCUGUUGAGUGUUAGAGUCACCAACGAUGGGGAAUUUUGGAUGUCUUUCGACGAUUUCUCCAGGCACUUUACGCAGCUGGAUUUGGUGCACAUCGGUCCUGAUGAUUGGAUGAUGGAAGGGGCGUUGCAUUCGAAGCAGCCUUGGAGGGCUGUGUUGGCUAGGAGAAGAUGGAGAGCUGGCUACAACGCGGGAGGAGGUCCCACUUACACCGAAACUACAUCGAUGAAUCCCCAGUUCCACGUGCAAAUACCGCGAACCACGACGAACAAAUGCCACGUGGUGGUGUCCAUAACUCAGUAUUAUGAGACCAAUUCGUCGGAAUCGAAGAAGAAGAGGUUGCUUUACGCCAUAGGCUUUGCCGUUUACGAAGUGCCGCAUUCGAUGCAACGACUGACCACGCAUUUCGUUACAGAACAGAAACCUUUGGAUGUAACGAAUCACUCGGUGGCGAGGGAGGUUGUGACUUUCUUCACGUUACCCCCAGGGGAUUAUAUCGUCGUGCCCCAAACGAAUAUUCCGAAUUUAGACGGGAAAUUUCUGUUGAGGAUAUUCACCGACGAACAGAGUAAUAUUUGGGAAGUUAAUGAAGAUAACAUGAUUAUCAGAAAUAUAGCUUCAGAAUUUAUGGAUGAUUCAAAUUCACCUUCUUCUGUUGAAAGCAAAAUGAGUCUAACAAAAUUGUUAUUAAAAUUCCCUCCGGAGGUCGAUGCUAGUCAAUUACAAAAAAUCUUGAAAACCCAUUGGAAGUUGUAUCUUUCAGAGAAACCGAGUCUAGAAUUAUGUAAAAGUCUGAUUAUGCUAAGAGAUUUUAAUAUCAGCGGAAAAAUUAUCUUAAUGGACAUUCCGAUCUUGAUGCAAAUGCUGCAAUAUUGGAGGGUGGCCUUUCAGAAAUUCGAAAAGAGCCACAACAGCGGCAAAACGUCGAGUUAUCAUUUACGAGGGUUGCUUUGGGAAGCUGGAUGUACUGUUAGCAAUAAAGUUUUGGAAUGUCUAAUACUUAGAUUCACUAGAAAUAGGAUACUCACCGCUGAAAAUUACAUCAUGGCUCUCGUACGACUGCACCUUUCUCAUGAGAGAUAUCACAAUUUGGAUACGAAAAUAAAAACAAAUCCAUUGUCUCUUGAAGAAAUGAUCUUGAUGACUAUUUAUUCGUGAAAUAUUUUCCGCUUUUUUUCGGGCAAUUACAAAACCAAAGAAAAAUUGUACAUAUAAUUUAGUAAUGUUGUAGAUUUUUGAAGCGAAUAUUAUGCUAUGUAAAUUAUUGUAUAAACAAAUUGUACCUAUAAAAAAAUUAAUAAUUUAUUUAUUAGUAACCGAUAUGCAAUAACUGUGCAAUGUGAAGUAAAAACGUAUUUUUUUAUUAUGGUAAUAAAAUUGUAGAUCAGUAACAAAUAUACAAUAAACUGAA